AUGGUACAAACUGAUGAAGAUGGAGCUAGAAAAGACGAUGACGCUGAACGCAACGAAGACCUAUAUUACACUGAGCCAGAGAACGACAGUGAAGAGGAUAUUCAUGACAGUGAUGACAAUGCCCAAGUUUACAUGGAGAUCGAGGAAGACAAAAAUGAGGAUGCUGAAGAUGAGAAUGGCGAAGACGAUGAAGGACGAGCGGAGCAAGUGGCUAAUGGUAAACGUCCUCUCGAUCCUUACGGUAAUGACAUUUUCAAUUCAGGCUUGGCUAUCCGGCCAAGAAAUCCUUACGUUGUCACUAAAAUCAGGAAAUUGCGGCCAAAUGAUUUGUAUAUUCCUAAGGAGACAAUCGUGGACUUUCAGCUUGACAAUCUACCUGAAGAGAUGUCCCUCAUUGAUCCACAAGACAGACAAUUUCAGGUGAAACUUAUAAGAUGGAAGGAUGACCGUGUGUGGUACAGAGGAGGCUGGAAAAGUCUCUGUGCCGUGAACUUUGUAAGCGCAGAGGACACGUGCAUCUGCGAAUUUGUCGGUGGCAGGUUACGAGUUGAAGUUGUCAGAAGAAAUAACUGA